AUGCCUCCACUCCAAGAUGUUCAUGCUCCUGUAGAGGACGAGUACGAUGAAGAGGCUGACAGCGAUUUCCAAGCAGAUGCAGUCGGCGAUGAAGAUAUCUCCUCCACAUCCGAAGACGACCUCCCCGAACAGGAUGAAACAUCGCAGAGACCUCGCAAAAGACGGAAGGUAGAGAAGGUUCAGUCGGCCCCCGUCACUGAAUUGGACUCAGGGGAUGAGGCUACAAUUAAAGAGCAAAGAGCGUCUCGCAAGAAACACCAAAAACAGGCUAAUAAUGAAAAUGAAAGUGGUAACGAAUCGGAAGGAUGGCGAGCACAAACACGCGCCAUGCGCACAAAGGAGAAAGAGGAACGGAGGAGAAACAAAUUGGCAUCCGUCAAGGGCAGCACCAUCGACGUGGACAAGAUAUGGGAGGAGAUGAACAAGCCACAACCACUGCAUUCAUCGAAUGUGCAGCCAAACAGCCACAAUGACGUUCUGGACGACAAGGCGAUCGCAAUCCAGUUGCCUAAAACGACAGACGGGGUCGUGGAAAAGGAGAAUCUGCCAGAAUUUUUUUCCGAAGAGAUGAUAACAAUCAAGCGCACCUAUAAAUUUGCUGGCGAAGUGCAUGUGGAAGAGAAGAAUGUGCCCAAGUCUUCGGCCGAAGCGCAGCUCUGGCUAGCCCAGCAACAGUCGACAAAGGCACCCGUCCUUGAAGCUGAUGGCAAGAUGGUCAAUAGACCGCUUCGGAGGAUCUCUCGGUUUGAUCCCAAUUUCAGUAAUCUGGCCGCAUUCAAAUCGUCAUGGGUGAAGCAAGGUGCAGGGGCAGGACAGCAUGCCGGGCCCAAACUCAAUGUGGUGGAAAAGAGUAAGAUGGACUGGGCUGUUCAUGUGGACACUCAAGGGCUGAAAGAAGAGCUGGACAUUCAUGCAAAAGCAAGAGACGGCUACCUCAGUAGAAUGGAUUUCCUAAGGGAGGUAGAAGGUCGCAAAGAAGCAGAGGCGAGAGCGGCGAGGCUGAGAACUGCAUGA